UGUAGCAACAGAGCUCUAAGCGCCGCUUUGACUCCUUGUGAGAAAAGCAGUUGGAAUUCAUGGCUGGUUCCUCAGGUGCUCUGAUUUGGCUGCAGAAGGUGCGACUCAGCAUUGAGAAGUCACAGGAAUGGGAAGAUUUCAUUCUGACGCUGUCCGACGCUGUCCAGCAGCAGAUGGUUGAGAGCCACAUCAAUGCCUUGCAGGACCUCUCAGAGGCAGCGAAAGGUUUCGUCCUGGAGAAAGCAGUCGGCGCCAUCCAAGGAGGUGAUGCUUAUAAGGCCCUGAUGUCGCAGGUUAGCGGCUGCUUAGAGGAACAGAUUUAUUGCCAGAUCGCCCGGGAGAUUCAGGAUGGAAACAGGCGGGUAAAAAAUAAGCCAGCCCUGCUGCUCAAUCACCUCAAGGAUGGGGUGAUGACCUUGCUGGAGGAACGGCCAGAGCUGCGAGGGAGGCUUUGUUCUCUUUUUAACCAGCCCUUACCUGCCGAUUUGCGUCAUCUCACCUGGAAGCUUUACCUCUCUAACAUGAAGGCAAGGUUAGGGUAUCUCUCCCAUUUGGCAGCAAACAGAGCCACUUCCCGGAAGGACAGAGAGAUCUCUCUGAGGUGCCGAGCCAUGCUGGAUUCCGAGCCGACGUUCCAGUCCUUAAAAAACCACAAAGUUGCCACACAGUGCCUGAGGAAUGUGCUUUCUUAUUACCACAAGCUUCAGGGCACCUCCACACCUCUGCGAGACCAAGAUUAUUUCCUGCCUGUGCCUCUCUUGCAAGUUAUUCUGGAUUUGGGUUCUUCCACCAGCUCUAUGGAGUCUGUUUCUGCCCUCCUAGUUGAAGAAUUUAUCUCUCUCAAGAAGCUGCAUCCUCAACUUAUUAGACUCUCCGUCUCCGUCCAGGAUCCUUCCCGGGUCAGCAUAGUGGAAGAAGUUGCCUGCCUGCUGGAGCAGAGAGACAGAGAUCUGGCAAGGUUCCUGGAGAGCAUUUAUGCACAACCAGAGGAAGACUCCAGAGACGCCUUACUCAAGGGGCUGAGCCGCAUGAUCCAGCCAGCUAUCAACACUCUGCUUGCUGGCUACUUAAACAUGGAUACUCUGUUGUACAUCUGGGACCAGAUUAUCCUGGGACUGGAGAGGCCGUCAUACAACUGUCUCCCUGCGUUCACCACAAUUUUUGUCCUCCUGCUCCGUGGCCAGCUACUCAAGUGUCAAUCCCCAGUGGAAUUGGAAGCAACACUGAAAACCUGGGGGCCGUCUCUGCUUGUGCAAGAGUUCCAAGACAUGAUGGGGAAACACUUCUUUGAAGAUUUGUACAGCCAGUUGCUUGGAGGAAACAAGGAACCCACCCCGAUCCAUGACCCUACUCAAGCUUUUCCUUCGUGGCACUACAGAGAUUUCCAAGUGUUACCACCUCCAAGGACAAGGCCAGAAGAGAGGAGGCAAGCAAGAGAGGAGCGCCAGUUGCUGGAAGAGCAACGCCUUGAGAGGGCGCAACAGGAACAGAGACUUCAAAGGUUCAGAGCGGAAGAGCAGAAGAGGCAACAAGAGAUGAGAUUCCUGCAGCUUUUAGAGGAGAAUAAGAGAAAAUUUGAAAUGCAGAAGGUCCAUUUGGAAGAUCAGCUGUCCCAGGAGAGACAGGUCCGCUAUGAAAUGCAAAUGAAGGCAGAGGAGCAGAUAAGCAAGCUGCAGGCUGAAAUGCACAGGCUCGCUGUGGACAGGAAGAUGUCCCCCCAGACGCCAUCUCAGACUUCCCUGCCUCAUUUUUGCUUGCCAGACACAGUCACUGCACAUCAGAAAGACAAAUCCACCGAUGGAAACGCCAUUGCCCUCAAACUGCUGAAGCACAUGAUGGAGGCAGCCAGCUCAAAACUGAGCAAGGAGGAAGACGGGGACAAAGCUAGACCGUCACUGGCGCUCACUCUGUCUGCUUUGAGGCUCCUGACCCUCCUCCCCUCCAGCACUCCAGAUUUUAGGGAUGAAGCAUAG